AUGUUCUCCCACCUGUUGCUGUGGACAUGCAUGGCCUUGCCAGGUCUGCUUUUAGCCUCCCAUACCAGUCUGUUGGUCGAGGCAGAGGACGCUGGCACCAGGAUCUGUAAACCUGCUCCCUAUUGGGAUAUAAAAGGACAAGCACCCAUGCAGGAAUUACUGGGAAGUGUCGUGGUGGUGGCACUACUGAAAGCGAGCUGACAGUUUUGUCUCACUCAGGCCUCCAAAAUCAGAGACCUGCGUGACAGGCUGAACCGGAGCAACCUGACAGAGGUGUCUUUCAUGAUAGUCAAUGAGCGGGACUCUCUGUCCAGAGCGAUGUACUGGGAGCUGAAGAGAAUAGCGCCUCCUGAAGUUCCGGUGUACCAGCAGGCUCCCUUUCAAAACGAUGUGUGGGAGGUCCUGGAGGGUGACAAAGAUGACUUCCUUGUCUAUGACAGGUGUGGUCUCCUCACAUUCCACAUAGUGCUUCCUUACAGUUUCCUGCAAAAACCUUAUGUUGAGGCUGCCAUCAGAGCCACCUAUCUUAAAAACAUCUGCAAUUGUACUGCUAAUUUUACAGCAAUGAAUGGCAUCAUCACAAAAAAUGAUAACGUCAACAACACCAUGGCUUUACCCAAAAAUCAAGUGCCUAAACACCAUUAUGACCAUUCUCAUCUACCUCACGGCUACCAGAAUCAAUCACAUCAUCACCUUGACCAGAAUACAACUCAAAGGCCUCUUCAUCAUCACCACCAUCAUCAUCAUCACCGCUAUCAUAAUCCCAACUCUCAUACUCCCUCAAACCACAGUGUCCAUGCUGGAAAUGAUAAUUAA